GUCCUACCCUACUCUAAAAACACCCGUGCUUUCCUCAUCGUGUGCCCAUGUUCCUGUUCCUGCUAAUUAACUGGUAAUUAAUUUCCUAAUUUGACUCAUCUUAGUUAACACUGCCAUCUGCGGUAACUACAUGUUAUUAUUGCCAUCUUUACUUUUCUCACAACGAUUUAAUCACACAAUAAAAACUUCACCUCAGGUGAUAUAUGCAGUAAUCACGUUCAAAACGCAUGUUUUGGGAAGAAAAUAUAUGUUUCUAAGAAUAUUUUAAACGGAUGUGGGGACUAUGCCCCUAUGUCUGCUGAUUUUUGCUUAAAGUAGGUGUUCAAGUUGAUUUGUGGCAGGGAGGAUUUGUUGUGUUCCUCCCUCCGCGGCAAUGCCAAAGGUCAGAGUCAGAUCCACAACAGGAUCCUGCUCUUGGAUCUCAUGUUUUAGCAGUAGGUCAAGCUGGAUCCAUCAAGCAGUAAUUAUGAAUUAUUUUAGUACAUGAUAACCCAUAUAUGCGAAUGCAGGGAGAUGCGUUGGUUACCUGUUGGUCACAGUAGGACCCCUUUCAUUUGACAGUGAUGAAUUGCCUGAUUAUUUAAUUAGGUUCAGCUGAUGUGUUGUGCCAGCAGAUUAUUAACCUUUCCUGAGUCACAGUUAAAUGAAAUAGUGAAAAACUCAUUUAGUGGUGGAUAAGUAGCAGUAGCAGUAAAACUUUAUCUGCAAACAACCAUUUGGUUUUGUUUCUCUGGGCUAAUCAGCUUUGGUGAAAUGUUGUAACUUGAUCUAUAUCUGUUUUAUUCAGAGGGUGUGAAUACAUAUUUCCAAAGUAAUUAAAGCCAAACUGUUUAAAUGUGCAAACUGCACAGAGCUGAACUUCAAUCUAAACUGAAGUAUUAUUUUUUAUUUAAAUUAGUACAUUUAAAAAAAAACAGAACAUGUGUAGCAGAAACCAUUUUUGGACUUACGGCCAUACUAAAAUCCGUUGAGCAACGCCCAGUGAGCUGUUACGUUUAGAUCCCUGCCACAAUCUGUGAAUUCUGCUUUGUCCACGUAGGCAUGAAUCAACUGAAUUCUUUCACAUAAAUAUUUUUAAACUCUUAUCUGUUUCAUAUGUCCUGGAUUAAGUGGACUAAGUGGAAUCAGAAUAAACUCUGGUCCCUAGCAGGGUGGUCCACAGCUUUUGUGAUUGAAUGGAUUAUUCACAGGUCUGUCGCCUAAUCCACCCGAUGUGCUAAAGGUUCACUCGCUAAAUCACAAACGUGCUGGUUUUCCUCCACUCGUCUUUGAGUAAACUUUGGCUCUCACACUUUAACAGCAAGCAUUUGAUGAAGGUCCUGUUGUACUGACUAUAGCUCUCAGCUGUCCAAAGGAAAGUUUCCUGUCCCGUAUGUUUUUAAGGUAGUGUUUAAGAAUUUGGCAUCAGACUCAGACAGCUAGCUAAACCCGUCAACCGCCACACAAACUCUACAAAUUGAUGCUGCAGUGUUUACGACAUAGAUUCGGCUAGGUUCCAUCUGAUAAUAAAAUAUACCGUGAUUGCAUAUUUGGUGCCUACAGUUGUCCGCGUUAAAGCCAGGGAGUAAUAUUUACUGUGGCUAUCACUGCUAAAACUAGUUGAACAGUGAUUUAUCAGCUUCACACUAUUUAUGGCAUAUUGAAGCAUAUUUUCAAAACACAAUUCUAAAUCUUAUUGUCUCUUCUUAAAAUAGUGGACAAACAAAAUAGAUUUAAAACAGCUGCAAAAGAAAAAUAUCACGAAUUUAAUUCAAAGAGAGUCCUGUGUUAUUAAUUCCAGAUGUAGAAUCAGUAGGCCAGAUUUGUGACGUUACCGUCAGCAACAACAAACCAAAAUAUGAGUUCAUUUUAACACGAGAUGUUUUAAGAUUGUUUUGUUUUGCUGCUGAGUUUGACAUUGUCAUUUCUCUAAUGAAGUGCUCUAAUGAGUAGUGGUUCAUCCAGUCACCUCAGGGCGUCACAACGACAGCCACAAGUUUUUUUACUCCGUCGUGAUCAUUGGAUGUUAGUAAUUCAAGCUCAUUAUGUUCUGCUUUUUUUUUUCUUUUACAGAGAGUAUUCUUUAACACACGUAACAAACAAACUCACUAUUUGCUGUUUUAAAUGCCAGAAUCACAUCAGUAACAGAAAGACUCCAUACUGUGGUGAAAUUGUGCUGUGGCGUUGGUGAGUACAGCUUCAGAAAGCGGGAAGAAGAGGUAGACAGUAGAUGCUGGGGAUGUGGAGAAAGAGCCGUGUGGUUGGGGGUAGGGAUGUUGUAGAUGAGAGAAAAAGAGUGACAGAGAGUGUGCAGUGGGGGUGGGGCUUCCAAGAUUUGUACUAUAUUUCUCUGUGUGUGUCUUUUGAUUCACGGUUCUGUCGGCCUGAUAGACGAGAUCAUAUUACUGUGUGGCGGAACAGAGAACGAGAGAAUGUAAAGAGGAAGAGAAAAGGGACAAAGGCAGGAAAUGAGAGGAACAAGUAGGAAGUGGCAGAGGAAUAAAAUGAGAAGAAAGGAAGAAACACAGAGUGAAAGAGCUGGAUGGGGACACCAUGUUCCUAGGUAUGCCAGAAACAGGCCUCGACUUCACCUCAACCAACCAGUUUCGUGUGCCACAGCCCCCUCACCCGCUCAGCAAGGCGACGCCACCGAAUCCAAACUCACAGCAAUGGAGGAGGGAUGCACACAUGGCCGAUGUACACCGUCUACCUUGGUCCUAUCCACUGAACGGUUUGAGCGAUGAAGAUUUCAACAUCCCACCCAUCACUCCUCCUACUUUACCAGACCACAUGCUGCCCCCUCACCUGCCCCAUGAUUCGUCCUCUGGACAGUAUCACUCUAUGGAGCCCCCAUCCAGCUCAGCUCCUCACCACCCCUACCAGCUGCAGGGCAUGGACCUGCCCGGCAUGGCUGGCAGCCAGGAUGGAGCUGGUGUAAUGAACCAGGAAGGGGGGACCUUCGGCCAAGAGGGUGGACCAAUGACCAGUGCCCUUUCUGUGAUGCAGCAGAUGGUGAACUCAGAUUCUCGGUUUACCAGCAGUCAGCAGCCAAUCAAAGCAGCGCUUGGACCCAGGAGCCAGUCGGGCCUAAACCAUCAGAACCAGUUGUCCACAAUCAACCAGUCACAGUUGGGGAUGAAUGGGAACAUCGUUACCCAUAAUUCCCCCUCUCCUCCUGGAAGUAAAUCCACCACACCAUCACCUCCCAGCUCAGCGCACGAAGAUGACAAUGACGAGGGACUCCGGGGAGAGAAACGGCCUGCGACAGCGGACAUCUCAAAGAAACCCAAAACGCCAAAGAAGAAGAAGAGAAAGGACCCCAAUGAGCCGGUGAAACCUGUUUCAGCCUACGCCCUGUUCUUCAGGGACACCCAAGCCAAUAUCAAGGCCCAGAACCCCAACGCCACCUUUGGAGAGGUGUCAAAGAUCGUGGCCUCCAUGUGGGACGGCCUGGGAGAGGAGCAGAAACAGGUUUACAAGAAGAAAACUGAAACGGCUAAGAAGGAGUAUCUGAAGCAACUGGCUGCCUACAGGGCCAGUCUGGUCUCUCAGAGUUACAGCGACCCAUCUGAGAUGAAACCACCACACUCCUCCCCCUCCCCCUCCUCUACCUCCAUGUUCACACACAAACCUGUUUAUCCCGGUCAGCACUCGUCCCCCGGCUCACUCCCCCAUCCUCUCCCUCCCCCUCAGCACCCAGGCAUGUACAUGUCUUACCCACACCCUUCUCACUCCUCUAGUCCCGGGCUCGGCCAACUUGUACCCCCUCCCCACCCACAAAUGCAUCCCCAGCUCCAGGCCCUGUCCUCCAGGGGGACCGUGCCACGGGCCGGCGUCCCCCACCAGGGAUCCCUGUCCCUCGGGAAUGUGGCGGCAGCGUCCACGCCUCCUCUUCAGGUCAGCCCUCCACUCCACAGCCAGGCACAUCUGGGAGGACUCCACAGUCCACACCAUCAGCACCAGCCCAUGGGUGGACACUCCCUGAGGAUGACCCACUCUCCUGUCAUCUCUCAGGGAUACCAUUCGCCUCUCCAAUCCGACUACCAGCCAAUGGGAGGAGGUCUGCUGAACAGUGGAUCAGUGAUGUCAUCAUCAGUGGAUUACCACCAGCUGGGCCGUCACACACCAAACCACCACCCCUCUCUGGACUGGAGCACUGAUUACCAUGGCAACGGAGGUCUUCAGAGGGACAAGCCGUUGUAUCUGAGCUAAUCUCAGGAUAAAAUGACACCAAAUAUCGACCCUCAUACUGCCACAACCUGAACCUCCUGCCUUGUGUCUCGGUCGGCGCGCGUCGGCCUGGUGCCGACCUAAAUCCAGUAAAACUCCGACAGAAUGGACUCCGAGUGGACUUUCAGACCUGUAAUCAUGAAGUAAACUUGAACUCAGCACUUAAAAUAAGACUCCCAUCUGAAUGAUGAUGGAAGGAUCUGUGUAUAUUCCCUGUUUAAUGUAAAACAGUGUUAGCAAGUGACAUGAACAUCUGUAUCUUUUCUACUGAUCACGUAACCACCCUCGUUUCUGUUAAAACCUGUAAAUAAAUAAGAUGUUGGCCGGUUCUGAGCCCUGAACUGUGGGGUAUUUACUCCAUGAUUUCACUUCUUUUCUGUCUCCUCAGAACAUUUUCAUACCUAGUUUCUCAUUUUUUUCUAAGGAUGGUGUUUAUGAUGAGAACCAAAAAGGCUCCGCAGAGCAUGUGUAAAUGCUGUAACAUAACUAAGUUGUCCUUUUAAAGCCAGCUGUUUUUGUUCUUGUUGACAUUCUAGUUGUUGUUGUCGAUACAGAAACAGAACCCAAACUUACAAUUACAAACCAAAUACUCUUCAAACUGUGUCCCCUUAGGACAGACGUCCCCGAUUUGUCUGCAGAGACACAAACAGGCCAUUCUGAGACCUGAACACAGGAGUAAAGACUAAAGAUAAACCAGAGGGCUUUUUCUUUGUUUAACCAGGCGCCUACUGUGAAUAAUUGUAAGAUUAAAGAAUUUUCAUUGUUUGCUUGAUAAAAAAAAAAUCUGAUGUAUUUUAGUCCCUGAAAUAAUAAACAAUUGAACUCCUCUGAAUGAAGCCAGCUCCUCUUCCUGGCAUAUGUCUGUUAAUAAUAUUGAUUUGGAUCCAGACAGUGUGUGUGUGUGUGUGUGUGUGUGUGUGUGUGUGUGUGUGUGUGUGUGUGUGUGUGUGUGUGUGUGUGUGUGUGUGUGUGUGUGUGUGUGUGCGUGUGCGUGUGUGCGCGUGUGUGUGUGUGAAGUGUUAAUGAGACAGCAGAGUGGGUGAUCGGGUUGCAUGGUCUCUCUCUCUCUUGUCAUCUGUAUUUCUCUGUACUCAGAGACUAUUUAAGAAACUAUAACUGGCUGUGUUUUAAUGUUUUUAAUCAACAUGAAGUUUGUUUUAGUGUUAAUGAUAAUGAUGGGAGACGCAUCUCUCUCACUCGCUCUGUAUCUCUUUGUAUUCAUGUGAGGGUUUUUUUGGAGGGGGAUGGGGGCAGAUGAAAGACCUCUGAGCAACAACCAUGAAGAUUUUUCUUAUUUUUAGAUUCUAACAUUGUGUUUGAGAAUAAAGUCAACGCUGCAUUAAUGUGCAGUCAUUACUCCA